AUUUAUGGAAGAGAUGAGGAAAAAGAAAAGAUCAUUGAAGUGUUGCUCACUAAUGUGUCUGAUCAAGAUAAUCUUGCCAUUUAUGCUGUAUGGGGUAUGGGGGGCUUGGGAAAAACAACACUUGCACAGUUAGUCUACAAUAAUAUAAGGGUGGAGACGCAUUUUGAAUUGAGAAUUUGGGUGUGUAUCAGAUGAUUUUCAUAUAAGAAGGUUGCUAAAGGCAAUCUAUUGAUCGUGGUGCAAGUAGUAUCUCCAAGUUGGAUCCACUACAACAACAGUUGCAAGAAAAAUUGCGUGGGAGAAAAUUCUUACUUGUAUAGUUGUAUUGGACGAUGUCUGGAAUGAGAACCAAGAGGAAUGGGACCGCUUAAAACAACCAGAGUCUCAAAGUUUUCAUCAUUUUUUUCUUAACCUAUGUACCCAAUAGAACCAAUCUUUACCAUAUGGGUUCUGCUUCAGAGCUAACAGUUGCUGCUAGAGGCAUGAGACACAUUUUACACCAUUUACAACAACUAUUUACACUCAAACGUAAUUAGUUUGACACCAUUUACAACAACUAUAACAAAAUCAUGCCUACAAUCGGAUAAGACACAUUUUACACAAAGCUAGAGACAUCACUAAAACACCACCACUCGAUUUGCCAAAACCCCCCAUCAAAACCCCAAGCACAUUUAAACUCAUUAAUGAGAAAAUAAUCAUUACAGCAUGUAAAAGACAACAAAAUUCUCAUUAAUGAGAAAAACCACACAGACAUAACCAUAUAGCAAGAAAUACUUUAGAUCAUCAUCAUUGCAGCAUAUAAAAGGCAACAAAAUUCUCAUAUUGAUUAGUAAAUUUACUACUUUUUAAGUUUCAACAAAAUAAUCAAAAUCCCACAUAAAACACAACCUAAUAUUAACCAAGAUCAGAAAAGAUAUCAGAGGAGAGGACCGUACCUGUAAUCAACAGUGGCGGGAAGCAACAACGACGGGAACCAAUGACGACUGAUGGAGACUGGAACCAACGACGACUGAUGGAGACUGGAUAGGGAGAGUGAGACUGAUGGAGAGUGAAAAAGAGUGGGGAAGCCUGAUCGCAGAGCGAGCGAAAGAGAGUGUAGAGAGAGAGUGAUGGCAGAGAGCGAGGGAAAGAGAGUGUACAGGGAGAGAGAGUAAGUGAAUAGGCGUUAUGAGACGUUAGGGUCCUAUUGAUUCAAACCGCUGAAGAAAAUUCGAUUUUACGCUUCCCGAGUUAUGAAUGUCUACACAAACAUUUUUUUAUUGGAAAAAACCCACGUCUGCAGCGCCAACGUGGCACAAAGGACGUCAGACUAACUCAAUCAUAGAAAUAUCGAGUUCUUCAUAAAAACUCGACUCUCGUAUUGUCGAAUUACAAAAGAGGGGUAUUUCCUUAAUUAGUUUGGGAAAUGGGGCAAAAGGAUGUUUAAUUUGCAAGAAAAGGACAUUUGCCCAUUUUGUCCUAUCUCAAUCAAAGUCCUUUACUCGUUUUGGUUUUCAAUGGCAUGUCAAAUGAAGAAAAAAUUGUUGCUUCUGCUACUUGUAUUGCUGGUAUCGAACUUGCAACCUUGUGUUAAUGGAACGCAACAAGUGCCUUGUUUCUUCAUUUUUGGGGACUUAUUGUCUGAUAAUGGGAACAAUAACAACCUUGUGACUAAGGCAAAAGCCAAUUAUCAGCCAUAUGGGAUAGAUUUUCCUGGGGGACCCACCGGAAGGUUUACUAAUGGUCGCAAUCUUGUCGAUAUCAUUGCUGAACAUCUGGGUUUUAACAAUUCCAUCCCACCUUUCGCUACAGCUAGUGGUCAAGAAAUACUUAAAGGGGUCAAUUAUGCAUCGGGUGGAGCGGGUAUUCGCGAGGAAACAGGACAACAACCGUUCUAUCCUACAAGCCGCAUAUAUAACCAAGAGCAAUAUGCAUGCCACGGUUCUCAUUCAACAACUCUCUCAACAAUUAUUGGAUUUUGCAUAAUCUUGGAGCAUUGAAGGUAGUUGGGUCUAUUAGGGUAUACUCCAGUUGAACUCACUAUGUGCGGUACUAAUUCUUCAUGUGUGAACAACAUCUUCAAUGCAGUCACACUUUUCAAUGAUUGGGUUGUCACAUUGGUGAAUGACUUCAAUAAUAAUUUGACCAAUGCUAGAUUUAUCUACAUAAACACUACUGAAAUCACUCAGCAGUUCUACGUCUCAAGGCAAGAUUUCCUAAUCAACUUCUAGCACUCUUUCUAUCUCUUUCUCCAUUUUUAUAUUACCAAUUACUCCAAUAUUUUAAGCUGUUACAAAAUAGUGAAUUCAAUCAUUUAAUUAACACGUGCAAUUUUUUUAUUUAAGAAAAUGUGGUAGAGUGAAGAUUGAGUUUAAACCCAGAAUUAUUUGCUCUGAUACUAUAAAAAAUUACAGACUAUUCAAAAAUAGUUUAAACUAUUAGGAAAUGUUGAAUUUAUCAUUUAACCACCACUAUAACAAUUUCUG